CCGACCGACUACUCACGGGUAACGCCGUUAAGGCGCGCCCGUCACUCCGUUAGUCGCUCGAGGCCCUCUACUCCACCUCCAUGGCGCCGCCCACCUCCCCCGCCGCCGUGGCGGCGGCUGCCCGCGCGUCUCCGACGCCGGCCGCUGCGCUCGCGCUCUUCAAGUCGGCGCUUUCCGCGGACCGUGCCCUGUGCCCGCUCUCCGUGCUCCCGCACCUCGCCGCGUCCCCGUCGCUGCCGCACCUCCUCCUCACCGCCUCCGCCGCCGCGCGCCCCCACGCCACCUCCCUCCGCUUCUACGCGCAGCUCAAGUCGCUCUCCGUCCCCAUCCCCGUCGCCUCGCUCCACCCGCUGCUCUCCUCGCUCCCCUCCGCCCCGGCCUUCGCGCUCUUCGCCGACAUCUACCGCCUCCGCCUGCCGCUCUGCACCACCACCUUCAACAUCAUGCUCCGCCACCUCUGCGCCACGGGGAAGCCCGUGCGCGCGCUCGAGCUGCUCCGCCAGAUGCCCCGCCCCAACGCCGUCACCUACAACACCGUCAUAGCCGGGUUCUGCGCGCGCGGCCGUGUCCAGGCGGCGCUGGAGGUCAUGCGCGAGAUGCGGGAGCGCGGAGGGAUUGCUCCCGACAAGUACACCUAUGCCACGCUGAUCUCUGGGUGGUGCAAGAUCGGCAGAAUGGAGGACGCCGCGAAGGUGUUCGACGAAAUGCUGACCCAGGGAGAGGUGGCGCCAUCUGCAGUGAUGUACAACGCAUUGAUCGGUGGCUACUGUGACAGGGGCAAACUGGAUGUGGCUCUGCAAUACCGGGAGGAUAUGGUACAGCGAGGGGUUGCCAUGACGGUUGCUACAUACAAUUUACUUGUGCACGCGUUGUUCAUGGAUGGACGUGCAUCAGAUGCUUAUGCUGUGCUUGAGGAGAUGCAGAGGAAUGGUCUUUCCCCAGACGUGUUCACUUAUAACAUACUAAUCAAUGGGUAUUGCAAAGAGGGCAAUGAGAAGAAAGCAUUGGAGGUGUUUGAGGAGAUGUCUCGGAAAGGGGUGCGUGCAACUGCAGUGACCUACACGUCGUUGAUAUAUGCUUUCUCCCGGAAAGGCCAAGUUCAGGAGACGGAUAGGUUGUUUAAAGUGGCCGUGAAGAAGGGCAUCAGGCCUGAUGUUGUCAUGUACAAUGCUCUGAUCAAUAGCCACUGCGCAGGUGGAGAUAUGGAAAGAGCAUUUGAGAUCAUGGCAGAGAUGGAGAAGAAGAGGAUCCCUCCGGAUGAUGUGACGUACAAUACACUGAUAAGGGGGUUUUGCUUGCUUGGGCGACUCGAUGAAGCUCGUGGGCUCAUUGAUGAGAUGACAAAGAGGGGUAUCCAGCCAGACCUUGUUAGCUAUAACACGCUGAUCAGCGGCUAUAGCAUGAAGGGUGACAUAAAGGACGCUUUGAGAGUCCGGGAUAAGAUGAUGGAUAAGGGGUUCAAUCCAACACUUUUGACAUAUAAUGCGCUUAUACAGGGGUUAUGCAAGAAUGGACAGGGAGAUGACGCCGAGAACCUGAUGAAAGAGAUGGUGGGGAAGGGCAUCACCCCAGAUGACAGCACAUAUAUCUCCCUGAUUGAGGGACUUACCACUGUAGAUGAACAAAUGUCUGCGGCAGAUGCUGCAAAAGCUUGAACUUGCUAGGAAGCAGAGCAUAAGCUCAUAACAGUGAACCAAGGACUUGUUUGUCCGACAUAUGCUGGAUUAUAAUAGCAUUUUACAACGCCAUAGCAUUUCCUAACAGAAGCAGUGAGUACAAGUUGUACCUUUCAUUAUUAGCAGCAUUGGCAAUAAGGGCCAGAUGACACUAGCAUUUUGUGCACCAGUGGCUCAAAGUUGUAGGGCUUUUUUCAAGAGUGAAUUCAGUUAAUCCGUGACGAAUACCUGUAAACAUUAAGGAUGAAUGAAAAAGGCAUACUUGGUGUUCUGAAGACUUUGAACACUAGGAGUAUUAAUCUGAUUAUAUUAAAAGUAACAGUUGUGCGCUGCAAAUGAGUUGAGCAAGGUGAAUCUUAAUGAUCUGUCUUGUCCAAAAAAGUGACGAGCAGAGUAAUUGUAAUCACAGUAUCACGCCCCUCCAUUUGACAGUCAUUGACAGCAUCAUAUUGUCUGCACUUUGUGUGGUCCUAGCCCCUUUCUGUUUAUAUAAAGUAUAAACUGAAGAACCGGAAUGAAAGGUUUCUACGGCUCUGA